GGAAGCACUCUGGGUAUAAACCUCCCUGAGAGCGUUGGACCUAAAUGUUAUUCAGGUGCCAUAACAGGUGUGUUUUAGUAUUUAUGUGUGACAGGGAGAGGUGACAAUACUGUCUUGACUGUGGAAAGCGGGAGGAGACAUACAGAGACAGGAGCUGAGUCUGUAUUGUAGCUACCUCUCUGGAGAUAUAAACUCUGAUCUAUAGAGCCUGUGGAUUCGUUGUAGCCUGGUGCAGAGGCCUGAAACUGAGACCCAUCCAUCUCCAUUCUGUCUCUGAAAUCACAGGCAGAAGAAAAUGGCCCAUGGAAAGAACCAGGAUGAGAGACCCUCAGAACAGGGCGAAGAGAUGGGAGAGGAGACCUUCCUCAAAGACCUCUAUCUGUACAUGAAGAAGAGAAAUACACCCAUAGAGAAAAUACCACACCUGGGCUUCAAACAGAUCGGUCUGUUCAUGAUGUACAAGACUGUGAAAAGCUUGGGUGGCUACCACCAGGUGACGGCCCAGCAGAUGUGGAAGCAAGUAUACAACACCCUGGGAGGAAACCCCAGAAGUACCAGUGCAGCCACCUGCACCCGUAGACACUACGAGAAGCUGCUUCUGCCGUAUGAGUGUCAUGUAAGAGGAGAAGACUACAUGGAGGUACUGCCACAAUGCCAGCAGAAGCGUUUACAUUACAGUAGGCUCAGUGAGCAGGACGAGUGCCCCAGGACAGCCAAGCGUAGCAUGACGUGCGGAGCUCUACAGACAUCCCUGCACCAGAAGCCCCAUAACUAUCUGACAGACUCCAGAGUGAGGAUCAUCCCUAUGCCUGUGCACUACAGUCAGUACUACCACCACCCUGUCCACCCCGUCCACCCAGAUCUGCUCCCCUAUGUCCACCCACCUCUGACCCCCAGCAGCCUCCCCUCCCCUCAAGGACAGACAGAGAGGGCCAAGCAGCCUCUGGAGCGCCUACGCUUCCUGGCCAACCAGUACAAGGACUCCUCAGGCUGGACUGAGCCACUCAACCUCAGUCACAAGAAGGCUGGUCAGGAGUCAGGCGCUCACCCUGCUUCAUCCUUCGCCCCUCCUCCUUCCAACAUCUCCCCAAGAUUCUUGAAUACGGUCUCACCUCUGCACCCCGCCAAGGGGCUGGUUAAAGAUGAGGGCAGUGAGACGCCGGAGGGAGAGGUUCCCCAGGGGAAAACCCACCUCUACCCCUUAGCGACCAGAGACGACUACUCCCGCAGCCCGACCUCAGCCUCCAGCCCAGGCAUGAAGAAAGAGUCCCCCGUCCCCUCUCCGCUGCAGAGUUGCAGGGAUAGUGCCCCCUCCAUGAUUCACGUCCCCAAACUCCAGAAGAGGGAGUACCCAGAUUGGCCCAGGGGGGAGUGGAGAGGGGAAAGCCCCAAGCAUAGUCCAGGGCCUCUCAAUUGUAGUCACGCUCUGCGCAGUACCCCCAGAGGGACAGAGGGAAGGAUGGAGAUCCAGAUCCCGCUGGCGAUGCUCCAUGACUGGGUAAAAGGAGUUCUGCUGUGUGGGCCUGCUGGCACCCGGCCUGGGGAUCUAUCGCUGCAGGAUCCAACCAGGGGUCAGACCCCUGGCUCAGAGCCCAGGGAGAGGGAAAGGGCACAGGCCUGGUCUGACACCUCUCCCACCAUUGCUACACAUGCUGACCAGGUCUUCCACAACCAUCACAAAGACCAGGACAGGGGUUCUGGGGAUCUGAGAGAGAGGAGUCUGGAGAGGCACAGGAACCUGCCUAGGCCCACCACCACCACCUCCCCUAGUACCAGUCAAAGCCGCCCCAUGGCGCCCUACCAGUUCUCCAGCUACGAGCCUCGGCCAUCAGGGAGCAUCGUCCGUAACCCGGACAGCUGGAAAUUGGAUCCCCGGGAGGACAGCUGGAAAUUGGAUCACCGGGAGGACACAAGGAGGCCCUACCACCCAAAACUAAUGUACCCCCAGGAUCUAUGGGAUAGAGCCCAGCCAAUUCCCUUAAAUAUCCACCCCAGCAGCCAGGCUCUGGAGCAGGAUAGUGUACGCCACACAUCCCCGGGCUAUUGUCCAGGCACAUCACUGGGAAGGGUGGAGAACCCGUAUAUGGCGCUGAUGGUGAACCCCUCAUUUCCCUCUCUGGUGCCACUGACACCUGAGGAGUUAAUGAAGUUAAAGAGGCUCAUCUCAAGCUCCUCAUGAAUAGAAUGGAACAGCAGGACAACAACCUGCUAAUUAAUAUAAAAUAUGAUGCACUCAAUGUUGACAUUGGACACUUAAAAAGCCCUCAUUACUGUUCAAAAUCAAGAGACAAUGUAGCACUACUGUUGACUAACUUUUUUAAGUACUUCAGAAUAUGAAUUUAGUCCUUUAAUCUUCUGUAUUUUUAUCAUUUGAAGCUUGCUAACAAUGUAUUGUGCACUGGAGUGCAAUUUUUUUUUUGCCCUUCAUCUCAGCGGUUUGUUUUGAACAUGAAGUAGCAUCGAGAAAAAAAAAAAUGUAGCCUGAUAAUGACAGUAAAAAAGCUUGAAACUAAUUACAAAAGUGUACUACCCGGACAGCAAAGGGACAUUCUAUUGAGUUCUUACUUGUAAUUUUGUUGAGAUUUGUGACUUGUACAUUUUUUUUAAAGAAUUGUUGAGAGUUGUUGUUAUGCCAGUCAUUCUUGUUGUUAUGCCACAAAUUCUUAUUUACAAUGACAGCCUAGGAACAGUAGGUUAACUGCCUUGUUCAGGGGCAGAACAACAGAUUUUUAACUUGUCAGCUCAGUGAUUCGAUCUUGCAACCUUUUUGUUACUAGUCCAACGCUCUAACCACAAGGAUACCUGCUGUUUUUGAGGAGAAACAAUUAUAUAAAAUAUAAAAGUUACACUUUAUUCUGAAUUUGUGAAUGUUUUUAUAUAUAUAUAUAUAUAUAUAUAUAUAU